UUGUUACUGCUAAAAACUGUAACAUUCGCCUAACCUGGAGACAUUCGAUCCGAUUGUUGUUAGUUGUUAAUAGUAGUUAAACAGCUAUGUUACAUCAAAAUAAAUGUAGGAUAAACAUAGGAAAGCAAAUAAGUGAAUCCGUGAAUGAACUAAACUUUCUUCCCGCAUCUAGAAGUAAUUAUGACUAGUAGUGCAUCAGGCUGGUGUGAGAAAGGUCAGCCUGUUUGGGAUGAGAACCUCUUGCUGAACAGCUCCUACCCCAAGUUUACAGGAUGUUUCCAAGACACUGUGCUGGUGUGGGUACCAUGUGGUGCAUUGUGGGUGGUGACCCCGCUUUAUCUCUACUACAUGAGCACAGAAAGAACCAAUGGCAAGAUACCUCUCAACCGGUUCAACAUCAUCAAAACUACUGUGGCCAUACUUUUGAUGAUUGUUUCCAUCAUCAACCUCAUCCAUUUUGGCACAAAGGGAGGUAAUGUUCCCACAUCCAAGUUUAUCUCAGGGGGUGUCCAAACUGGCACAUUUCUACUGGCAGCAAUAUUAAUUCAGAUAGAACGUCACUAUGGAUUCAUAACCUCUGGUGUUCUGUUCCUUGUUUUUGCUCUGCUUGUUGUUGCCGGGGUUGUACCAUUCUAUUCAAAAAUUAUUGAGAAGGAUGAUGAGUCUUAUGAUAGUUUUGAAUUCACUAUAUUUUACAUCUACUUUGGUCUCAUUUUGCUGGAGUUUUUUCUGCUCUUCUGGGCAGAUAGAGUUAGAAAUACACAAUAUCGUGCACUUGGAAGAAGGCCAGAAUGUCCUGAAACAUCUGCAUCUUUUCCAAGUCAGAUAGUGUAUGCAUGGAUCUACAGCUUGCUAAGACAGGGCUACCGUAAAGAUCUAGAAGAGGAUGAAGUAUUUUCACUCAACCCAAGAGAUAAGUACACUACAGUUGUGCCAGAAUUUGAUGAAAAAUGGCAACAGGAACAGCAGAAGUCAGCUGCUAAAAAUAGAAUACUCAGGGAGUCUUUAACAAGUUCAGGCUAUCACAGACCAAGAAGACCUAGUGAUAAAACACCUUUGCUGGAAGAGGAAGUCAAGUUCUCUAAAGCAAAAGAUGCACAAGCUAAACUCUCUCAAGCUUCAUUGACCAAAGUUAUUCUAAAAGUAUUUGGGGGGACUAUCUUCCUUUCACAGUUGUUGAAGCUCAUCUCUGAUCUUUUGACAUUUGUAACACCUAUGUUGAUAGAAGAGCUGAUUGGCUUCACACAGAAUCGCAACAGCAUGCAAGAAUGGAAAGGCUAUGUGCUGGCAUGUUCAUUCUUUGUUGUAGCCAUGUUAAAAACCUGUUUGUACCAGUACCACUUCCAUGUCACCAUGACCUUGGGCAUGAGGAUCAAAAGUGCUGUCAUUUCUGCUGUAUAUAAAAAGGCACUUACCAUCAGCAAUGAAGCUAAAAAAGAGUCGACAGUUGGAGAGAUUGUCAAUCUCAUGUCUGUUGAUUGUCAAAGGAUUCAAGAUGCCACAGGUUAUAUUUACAUGCUGUGGUCCAUGCCACUGAUGAUUGUCCUAGCCUUGUACAUGCUGUGGGGGACGCUGGGUCCCUCCUCUAUGGCUGGUCUGGGUGUGCUACUUCUACUUAUGCCAAUCAAUGCCUGGGCAGCCGGCAAACAAAGAUCUUAUCAAAUGCAGCAGAUGAAAACUAAAGACAAAAGGAUCAAAAUAAUGAAUGAAAUUCUUAAUGGCAUUAAAGUUUUAAAGCUUUAUGCCUGGGAGAAAUCUUUCCAACAAAAAGUUACUGACAUCAGGUCAGAAGAGUUGAACACUCUCCGUAAGACAGCCUACCUCAUUGCUGUGACCAUGUUUAUAUGGACUUGUGCUCCCUAUGUUGUGCAGCUGGUUUCAUUUGGUACCUACAUAGCUGCGUCAGACACAGGGUACCUCGACCCUUCCACAGCUUUUGUAGCUAUUUCUUUGUUUGGGAUAUUGAGGCAACCCAUGGCUGCCUUGCCCAUGAUCCUACCUUUUCUGAUACAGGCUGGAGUGUCUGUUGGUAGAGUGUCCAAGUUCCUGCGCAGUGAAGACCUGGAUGCUGAUGUUGUUACAAGAGACCCAGACAAUGAUGCUGCCAUUACAAUUGAAAAUGGAACCUUUACAUGGGACACUCAGUCCGUUUUCCCCACAUUGAACAGGAUCAAUGUGUCUAUAAAACCUGGGAGCUUGGUUGCCAUUGUUGGUACUGUAGGUGCUGGGAAAUCCUCUUUGUUGUCAGCCAUGUUGGGAGAAAUGAAAAAGUUGAAAGGAAAAGUAACUCUGAAGAACAGGAUAGCAUAUGUGCCACAAGAAGCCUGGAUCCAGAAUGCAACUUUGAAAGACAACAUUUUAUUUGGGAACCCCUACUCAGCCUCCGAGUAUAAAAAGGUCAUUGGUGCUUGUGCAUUGCAGCCUGACCUUGACAUUCUUCCAGCAAAGGACUCAACAGAGAUUGGUGAGAAGGGUAUCAACUUGUCGGGGGGACAAAAGCAGCGAGUAUCCCUAGCUAGGGCGGUGUACAGUGAUGCUGAAACUUACCUGUUUGACGACCCACUGAGUGCUGUUGAUUCACAUGUUGGAAAACACAUUUUUAAAGAGGUAUUGAGCCACAGGGGAAUCUUAAAAAACAAGACCAGAGUGCUGGUAACCCAUGGUAUUCAGUGGCUUCCCAUGGUGGACCAUAUUAUUGUGGUCACCAAUGGGGAGAUAUCUGAAGAAGGCUCAUAUGAUACAUUAAUGUCUCAUGAAGGAGCCUUUGCCAACUUUCUCCAUGAGUACUUCAGGAAGGAGGCAGAUUCUGAAGUUGAUGAGCAAAGCCAAGAAGAUCCUGAAAUUGCAGAAAUAAAGAACCGAGUACUACAGCGGCUGGAGAGUGUUGUUUCUGAAUCUGGGACCUCUGGUGAUGAGAAAUUCAGCAGGUCAGGUGAUAUGAGUUCUUAUGUUAGGAAAAGAAACUCAUCAAGCCAACUUUUAAACACUAAAAGUGCUGAAAGUGUGCCAGAUAAAUUGCAUGGACAGAGGUUGAUUGAGGAUGAAAAGACUGAGACAGGACAAGUUAAAUCAAAUGUGUAUGUGGACUACACAAAAGCAGUUGGGGUCAUGACCUUUGUUUCGAUGACCCUAGUGUACAUCUUCUUUCAAGCAUCAGUCACAUUCUCUGCCAUCUGGCUGAGUCAAUGGACAGAUGAUGAUCUGUUGGCCAACACUUCAGCUGCUGGCAGUACAGAAUUUGUCAACAAAAAUUACAUGUAUCUUGGUGUAUACGGUGCUCUUGGUGUUGCCCAGGGCAUUUUCAUUUUGGCCUUUGCAUUGCUUGCUACAAAGAAUAUGGUGAAAGCUGCAGGCACCUUGCACUACAACCUACUAGACAACAUCCUCAGAGCCCCCAUGUCAUUCUUUGACACCACCCCCAUUGGUCGUAUUGUCAAUAGGUUCUCAAGAGACGUCGAGACAAUUGAUAACAGUUUACCUGGGACAAUUAGAACAUUUUACAACUGUGUGUUUGGGGUGCUGGGUACCAUCGUCAUCAUAUCCUACAGUACCCCACUGUUCCUGGUGGUCAUUAUUCCUCUAGGAAUUAUGUACUGGCUUAUACAGAGAUUUUACAUCCCUACAUCAAGACAGCUAAAAAGAAUAGAAUCCACAACAAGAUCACCAAUCUAUGUUCACUUCUCUGAGACUGUAGGUGGCGCUGCAUCCAUCAGAGCAUAUGGAGUGGGUGAAAGGUUUAUCACUGAGUCAAGAGUUAGAGUGGACCAUAAUCUAUCCUUCUACUUUGCCAGUUUGGUGGCUAAUAGAUGGCUCGGCUGGUGUUUGGAGUGUAUUGGAAACCUCGUCAUUCUAGCUGCUGCACUUUUUGCAAUCAUCUCUAAAGACCUGCAGGCAGGGCUAGUGGGCUUGUCAGUGUCGUAUGCCACUGAGAUAACAAUGGCACUUAACUAUCUAGUACGAACAUUGAGUGAGCUAGAAACAAACAUUGUUUCCGUGGAAAGAUUGAAAGAAUAUGCUGAAACAGAGACCGAGAGGCCAUGGGUAAUAGAAAACACCAAACCAGAGGCCAGCUGGCCACAAGAAGGCCAUGUAAAAUUUAUUGAUUACCAAGGGCGCUAUAGGGAUGGACUGGAGCUAGUUUUAAAGGGAGUUAAUUGCAACAUUAAAGGGCAAGAAAAGAUUGGUAUUGUGGGGAGGACAGGAGCAGGAAAAUCCUCAUUGACUGUUGCACUGUUCCGCCUUAUUGAGGCAGCUAGUGGCAGCAUAAACAUUGAUGGGAUUCCUAUAUCAGACAUUGGCCUCCAUGACCUGAGGUCCAAGCUUACAAUUCUCCCACAGGACCCAGUUAUUUUCUCAGGUACUUUAAGAAUGAACCUCGACCCUUUUAAUGAGCACUCUGAUGAUGCCCUAUGGUCAGCACUAGAGCAUGCCCACCUAAAAUCAUUUGUAGAUAGUCUUCCAACAAAAUUAAACUAUGAAUGUGGAGAAGGUGGACAGAACCUAAGUGUUGGCCAGCGUCAGUUAGUUUGUUUAGCCAGGACUCUGGUUCGGAAAACCAAAAUUUUGGUGUUGGACGAGGCCACAGCGGCUGUUGACAUGGAAACAGAUGACCUCAUUCAAAAAACAAUCCGAACUGAGUUCAAGGACUGCACUGUUCUAACUAUUGCCCACAGACUCAACACCAUUAUGGAUUAUGAUAAGAUUCUUGUGAUGGACAAAGGCCGUGUGAGUGAGUAUGACGCACCACAAGUUUUGCUUGCUAACAAGAACUCCAUCUUUUAUGGAAUGGCAAAGGAUGCUGGUCUUGUAUGAACUUAAAAAUCUUGUAAAUUUGUUGUAAAUCUUUUCUAAUUAUCAUUAAUGUGUAAGCUCAAUGUCCAAUUAUUAAUGGUAAUGACUAUGUAAAAUGGUUGCAUAAGGAAAGAAAUAGUUGAAUAAUAUUAAUAAUGAAAUUUAAAUAUAUAUUUUUUAAAAUAAAAGAUGAGUAUGCAUAAUAAUAAAUCUUAAUAAGCUCAUAAAUAAUUUUGUUUAUUAACUCUCGAAAUUAAUUUCAUAUUUAUUAGCAUUAUAAAUACCAUAUUACUUUAUUUACAAAUACCAUGUGUUCUAUUGCUACAAAGUGGAACAAACAAAUACUGCUGUUGACCUGAUGAAAACAAUAAUAUACUGUCAUUACUUACAGUAUCAAACAACACUUCUUUAGAUGUGGUAACUGGCUCUUUAGAGCUACUCUUAGAAUGUGAUAUCAUUUAAGUUUAUGGUCUUGUUAUUAUUUCAAGAUUAGAAAAUUAUAGUAGCCAAAGAAAUGUAGCUGAGUGAUAUACUGUUAAUUUAUUUUUAGCCUGUAAGUUCUAUACAUAGCUUUUUAAUAAAGAAUAUUUCUUUAAAUAAAAAUGUAAUUAAAAUUCCUGUUGUUUCUUUUGUAGUCAUGUUUGAAUGAAAUAAAAAUAUUAAUAGGGCACUUUGAAAGCCGAUUUCUGCUGAUGUAAUUAAGUAUACUCUCAGUUGUAGAGGCAGGAUUCUGCAUGUUCAUAAAUUAUAUACUGUCAGAAUGCUUGCAUUAAUUAAUUUUAAUUAUGUUGAA